CGGUUUUCGUCGUCUGAAGAAGAGGAAUCGGACCAAAGCGCAGCGUGACCCCAGAAGAGCACAUAACUGGUAUCUUGGGCAGGAUUGGGAGCUGGUUCUCGCCCUGGAGAGGAAAAGGGAGCCUCACGAGUCCCAGUGACCAUGCUUCUCUGUCCCCGACGGACGACCAAGGCCCCAGGCCAGAAGGAGAGGGGGCCCAGGAGGAGCCUGUGGGGGAAGAAGAGGAGCAGCAGGAGGAGGGACAGGAUUCCCAGCCUUCCAAAUGGCAUCACUCCAGGGAUUUUGAGGUGACGGAUGCCAGAACUUCUACCCACAGGGACCGGCCCCUCUCUGCAGCCAGCAGCCACAGUGAGCUGGAAGGAUAAGGAGAAGGACAAGGAGAAGGUCCUAGGGAGGAGGAGUGGUGGAGUUCCUCACAGAGAGAGGAGGAGAGGAGGAGGGGAGCAGCAGAGCGAGCGGGAAUCCUGCCCCGGAGUGGAAUGCCAGCCAUCUGUGAUUUGUGCAUUCAUCCGCCCCUGAAGAGGGAGCAGCCUGGGAGGACUCUGACCGGCGGGAACACUCCCAAGCUCACACACACCCAGGCCCAGCCUCAAGCCCAAGUCCAGGCAGGCAAGAGGCUGCAUGUGUACCUGGAGGAGACAAGGGUGAGCCAGAGCGGAACGUACACCCACACAAAGCAGGAAGUGCUCCUUACUACCAACACCAGGGUGAAGAAAAGUAUUUCCAGAGCUAAGUCAUCCGAGAGUGCUGAUUUAUCAGCAAAGAACACCAGUACAGAGGAGAGGACCGAGCAGCGCAAAGUCAGGACCUGUCUCAAAGCUGCUAUCGGCGUAAAAUGUCAUAGCAAUUACAGUGCCCUGCUAGGAGUGUCACUGAAGUUGCACACAAAAACACUGAGGGCUAUUGCUGACACAGCCAGUGAUACAGACACAGUCACAGACAGAGACACAGACACGAUGGGGCGUAAGAACUCAGCAAGGAGGCGGUCCAGGAAGAGCUCCUUCGAAGACGGAGGAGGAGCCAGUUCUCGGGAGAACACGCCCACCAAAACCCAGCCUGCACCCGAGAUCUCAUCUACAUCCUCAGAUAAUAACACACCUACACCUGGAGACUCCACCCCCUCCUCCUCUAAAGACAAACAUGCCUCAGUGAUCUCAACUGCGACAGGUAAGCAGGGGUCAACCACCUCCAGUGGCGUUCCAACGGAAACACAUCCAAGGAAGGGAGUAGAGGAAGCCCAGGAGGCCCUAGAUGCACCUGUAUAUGCCAUCUUAGCGGCUGAGGAAGGGGACAUGGACGUACACAUGCUCAACAACACUAGCCCGUGCCAGCUGGAGAGGCGCACGGAGAGUGCAGAGUCCAAACGGCGGAGCAUGAAGGUAUCACACAGUGAGGUUACGUUUUUUUGCGAAGAAAGUGAUGGUGAACUCAGAGAAGGAUACAGAAGUUAAGGAUACGGCUAAGGAAAAGGGGAAGAUCACCUGAUCUGAAGAAAGUGGGCGAGUAACCCAAGACCACUAAGCCUAUCGUGCGGAUUGCAGAAAGGAUCACCCUUUUUGAGGGAAAAGCGCCAAGGGUUGCCAGUCCCAAAUGGCCUCCCUUUUCCUAUGAUUUAGAUGGCGUUGUUUGAGAAUGCCCAGUUUAGCGGCCAGACCUAUGAAGUCUUCAGAGACGCGAUCGAUGCCACCCAGCUCCAACUGUCUCCUAUGAUUUAUGUGAAGGUGAUGAGAGGAUGCUGGGUGCUUUACGAGAGGCCUGGGUUCGAGAGGCGUUCAAUUGCCCUAGAGGUGGGGCCUAUUGAGCUGACCAAUGUUUGGGCAGAUACAGGGCCACCAGGUUCACACCCCAAUGUCGAUCCACCAAUGGUCAUCGGCUCCAUCUGACUGGUGGUAUGGUACAGUGCCUGGGUCUGUGUUCCCCUCUGUAGGACUACAGCAUCCCCCAUAUUGACCUGUUCACUGAGCCAGAGGGCCACGGCAGGCUAGCACCAUAUCGUGACGACACAGUACAGAUCGGCUCCUUCCGUAUCCCACAGAACACAGCUUCCAUCUGCCACGACUUCCGCCGAAGUCGGCUCCUCUCCUUGUUCGGGCGGCUUUCGCCGGUCCACGUCACCGGCUUUCUAGCCAUCACCGCUCCAUUUUUCUUGUAUCCAUUUGUUUUGUCUUGUUCCCUGCACACCUGGUUUUCAAUCAAUCCAAUCCCCAAUCAAUCCAUAUGUAUUUAUUCUUCUGUUCCCCAUCAUGUCUUUGUGUAAGAUUGUUUGUGUUACGUGUAUUUUGGAAUUGUGGAUAUUGUUACGCGCAUUACUUUUUCUCUAUGUUCCGUGUCUGGGCACAUUUUAUGUUACUUUGUGCUGUCAUUUUGGACCGGAAUAAAAAGUGCGCCUGUUCACUACA